CGUCCCUUUCCCUUUCUCUCUUAUAUUCAACACCUUUUACUACUUCAUUCAUCUCUAUAAUUAUAUAUACACACGCACACACGCUUCCCUCUCCGUCUCUCCACCAGUUCGAUCGGUCGUCAUGACGCCGGCCUUCGUCCACCGUGAUCGGAACACGGUCUGCGUCAUGGACGCUGCGUCUCUCCUCGGCGUCUCCCUCGUCAUGCGACUCCUGCAAAGAGGAUACACAGUUCAUGCCGCCGCCUACAGCCGGACUGGCGACUUUAGUGCGACCCUGGAGCGGCUAUCGGCCGAGGACCGGCGGCGGCUACGUCUCUUUGCGGCCGACCCCUUGGACUACCACAGCAUCGUCGACGCCGUCGGCGGCUGCUCGGGACUCUUCUACGCCUUCGAACCCCCGCAGGAUCAGCCCUAUGACGAUUUGGUGGUGGACGUCGAGGUGAGAUCCGCUCACAACGUGGUGGAAGCAUGCGCGCAGGUGGAAACCAUGGAGCGGGUGGUGUUCACCUCCUCGGUGACCGCCGUGGUUUGGAGAGAAGGCAGUGAACCGGCAGCGGAAUUCGACGAGAGAGAAUGGAGCGAACCCUCCUUCUGCAGGAAAAACAAACUUUGGCACGCGGCGGCGAAGACGCUGGCGGAGAAGACGGCAUGGGCGUUGGCGAUGGACAGGGGCGUCGACAUGAUCUCCAUCAACGCGGGGCUGGUGAUGGUGCCCGAGCUCUCCGUCAGCCCCCCCUACUUGAAGGGCGCUCUGGAGAUGUACCGCGCCGGCGUCCUCGUCACGGUGGACGUCGACUUCCUUGUCGACGCCUACCUCGCCGUGUACGAGAGCGCCGAGGCUUACGGACGCUACCUCUGCUUCAACAACGUGAUUUGCCGGCCACUGGACGCCGCCAAACUGGCGCAGAUGAUCUGCCCCGACGCCCUCCACCCCCCUGCUGCACGGAACGAGCUGAAGGUGGCAGAGCAGCAUAUCCAGAACAAGAAGCUUAACCAGGUGCUGAUGGACUUCGAUUCAGGCAGAAGGGUCGAUGAGUAGAGGUUGAACAGAGAAACGAUGGAUUUACAUGAAAAUCGAUUGAUAUUGUGCAUAGAGUGAUUACAUUGUCAGGUUUCUUUUGCACGAGAAAAUAAUUUCUUGGAAUGAAAAAUUACACCAUAUGAUUUGCAAA